AAAUAAAAGGAUUUAGGCAAGUUCAAGUCACAGAGUGUGCCAGGUUCUUGUCAGUAUCAUCUCGCUUGGAGCUUGGUGGACAGAAAACUCAACAAUGAUUGAGGUCUACGAUGAUGAUGACCUAAGAGAUAAAGUAAAGCAGUGUCCAGGAAGACUUUGUGUAAUUUCUUUCAAUUCAGUAGGAUGUGGAGCAUGCAAGCAAACAACAAAAUUGCUUGAAGGAUUGAGUGAACAGAUGCGUGAUGUUACUUUUCUUAAAGUCGAUGUCAAAAAAGCAGAUGAGUUUGUUCAAAAGUAUAAAAUCAGUGGGGUCCCGGCUUUCAUGUUUUUGAUUGAUGGAGUGCUUGCUGAAUGUUUUCAAGGAGGCAACACGGAUUAUCUAAGAAAAACGGUUGAAAGGCUGUAUUCCCAGUGCUAAUAGUUUUCUGAUCCUAGAUGUUACUGCAACCCAACUUCACAUGAACAAUGCCUUGGGAUUAUGCCAAGACUCUCCUGAAAAUUAAAUAAAGUAAUUAAAAUAAGAAUCUGUAAAAAUGUAACUUGUUUUUCAAGGAAAUAGUGGAUUGAAGAGGAGCCAUCACUUAUCAGGAAUUAUAAUAGUAUACUUACUUAUCCCGUAUAUUUAACAUUAUAAAAAAUGUGAGGUCUGAAAAAUACAGGUAAAUGGGACUGCAUACGUCUUAGCUUUCUGUUAAUCAAUGUUUUAAGAUGGGCCCUUUGCACUUGUCAGUCAACAUAGAGAAAGGAAGAAAAACUGAAACAAUCAGGGUAAUCAAUAAAGUGAGAAUUUUAUUGUCUGGAAA